UGUUCAGUGAAAAACUCACUUGUUGUUAUGGAGUUUUGCCGCCCUCUGCUGGCGCUUGGGUGAAUGACCAUCUCGCAUAUUGCCUCAAACAGAUAUACAAUGAGGCCGUUUAUGGGCAUUAAGAGUGAAGAGAAUGCCACCGGCCGCUUGGGGGCAGCGCCGUUCCAUACUCAUGUUAUUUCUUCAAAACGUGGGAGAAUUAGUAGUUGUGAGACGUUUAUGCUGUAUUCACAAUGCAACGCAAAUUGCUAUUUGUGCUCCACACAUAUUUCGCCAAGUCCAGCAGUACUGCGCAACGGAAAAGUGGCACUGUUCUUCACAACAUUUGGUCUGUGUGGGACCUUCUUGCCAUGCAUACUGGAGUGCAAGGUGGCCCAGGACAGCGGAGAGACCUGCUGCGUGGCAUUCCUCCCUGGCAGCUCGGUGGCAUUGAGGACCCACAUACGUCACAAAUACCGCAUUGAAGGCUCGGUGUGUAAUGACUGGUGUGUGAUGGCCUGCCUGUAUCAGUGUGGACUGUGUCAAAUGGCGCGAGAGCAAAAAAUGAGAGCUUAAGAUUAGGGGGGAAAAAAAGCAAUGGAUAAAAUUUUAAAAUACAAAUCACAAUUUGAUGGACGUCCCGUUUCCAGUAACAUUUAGGCAUUUUUACGGUAAAUUGUAAUACAAGGUAUAAAGUCCAUUUCUGUCAGUAGUAGUA